AUAGGAUGGAACAUAUCUGUGUGGAUUUACAGGAAACUAUUUGGUCUAUUACUCUGACAUUAUAGACUAGACUGUGCUCCGAGAAGAGAAGUAAGUCAGGCACUGGGGAACCACAGAGGUUUCCUGUUCUGAGCUCGACUUGUCCGUUGCAGACAUGUUGAUAGAGGAACCCGGUUAGACAGAAGAAGCUAUCGAAGUUGAACAUUAUUGACAGAGUUAGAUGAGAGGAGGGGCAUUUAUAAAGUGUAUGUCAUAAUGAAAUGUGUGAGGUAUAAAAGGCUAUGCGCAUUGUAUAAUAUUCAGAGCUCUCGUGAUGAAAAGAAUCUGACUCUUGAAAGCUUGGUCUCCGUCUGCUUCAUUUAAACCAGAACCUUACAAACUCUGGGUUGCAGACUGAGUAGAUGAAUUAACGUUCAGUUUAAGAACAUUGAGAACAUAAUUCUCUUAACACAUACUCAACUAUCGACUGGACAGCCAAGUUAUCUAGACAGGCCUACAUUUGAGCUGUUGAAGUGAGAUAGGUACAAUGGAGGACAGAAGCCUUCCUCGUAUUGUGGUCAUUACACUGUCUGUGCUGAUCUACAUUUCUGCUUUGGCAAUAAAUGCCAUGGCAGGAGCUGGAAAGGGACCAUUCCACUGGAGUACAGGGAACAUCUCCAGGAAGUAUGAGACUGACAUAACUCCGGCCGGAUGGACCUUCUCCAUCUGGGGGCUUAUCUACACCUGGCUGACCCUCAUGGUCAUGUAUAUCAUCUCCUUGAUCUACAGAGGGAGCUGGACCCUCUCUGUGCUACUGUACGGUUUCUACCUGUCCUGGAUAGUUAACAUGGCCCUCAACAUGACCUGGCUGCUCCUAUGGGAUCAAGAGCAGGUGACUGCGGCAUUGAUUGUAAUGGCGACCAUUGCUGUCACCAACUACUCCAUGGUCUUCUUCUCCUGCUAUGGGCUGAGUGUUUACGGAGCCUGGCUCAGCCAGAACCACCCCAGGGACCUCUGGUGCAUUCGGUUGCUGGUGCAAAAUGGCAUUGCGCUGUACAGCACGUGGACAACCAUCGCCACUUUGAUCAACUUCACUCUGGUGUUGGACCUCUCUGGAGUGGCAAAGAGCACUGCAGCCACCAUGUCUCUCUGCAUCCUACUGGUGGAGGUGAUCGGAUGGUUUGGUAUUGAGAACUUCCUGCUGUAUCAACAUGUGAGGUACAUCCUGACUAUUUACCCUGUGGUGAUCAUUGCUCUGGUUGGAAACGUGACCAAGCACUACAACCCUGCAGCACCAAGCGCUAACGCUAUCUUCAUGGUUGUGCUCUUGGUGAUUUCCUGUGUGCUCCUGGUGGUGCGAGUCUCCCUGGUGAUCAGGAGAACCAGGAACCAGACCCUUCACCCGGAGGCUUUGAACUCACCCAGCAGCCUGUCCAAGAAGCAGAGGAAGAUACUCAUGUAGACAACUGCAAUGAACUUGGGAAUAGUUACCAGAGAGAAGAAGGAACCAAUUGAAAGCUGGGGAUGAUUAAGUGUCCAUGAGGGUAUGAGGGUGUCACGUGUGAUCCCUCUCCGGCCUCUAGGUCACCAGGCUGCUCGUCAUGGCGCACACCUGUCACCAUCAUAAUGCGCACCUGCGCAUCAUCAAACUCACCUGGACUCCAUCAUGAUUACCUUCCCUAUAUAUGUCACUCCCCUCGGUUUCUUCCCCAAGUUUCUGUUUCUGAGUCAUGUCUGUGUGUUGUUCGUGUGUUCUUGGUUUGUAUUAUGUUACGUUUAUUUAUUAUAACACGCACUCCUUGAACUUGCUCCCCGACUUUCAGCGCACAUCGUUACAGAAUGAUGCCUCACCUAAGGGAAGCAUCAGGGAGUGUUUUUAAACUGCAUUAUAUAUAUGUGUGUGUGUGUGUGUAUUUAUUACAUUUUUGUUGGUGGUGGGAAUGACGUCUGGGAGCCCUUACAGGCUCCCCUGCCUCAGCCGGUCAGGAUCCCACGCAUCAGCAGGGGUGACCGGAUCGCUCCUGAUCCUCGGGAUUGUCCCUUUGGUUGGCGUCCUGCGGCUGGAGCCAACCGCGUCGGGGAGGGGGUACUGUCACGUGUGCUCCUCUCCGGCCUCUAGGUCACCAGGCUGCUGGUUAUGGCGCACACCUGUCACCAACAUUACGCGGACCUUGGUUCAUUCCUCUCCCUGGUAAAACUCACCUGGACUCCAUCACUUCCCUGAUUACCUUCCCUAUACAGUUGAAGUCGGAAGUUUACAUACACCUUAGCCAAAUACAUUCACACUCAGUUUUUCACAAUUCCUGACAUUUAAUCCUAUUAUAAAUUCCCUGUCUUAGGUCAUUUAGGAUCACCACUUUAUUUUAAGAAUGUGAAAUGUCUUAAUAGUAGUGAUAUAUUUCAGCCUUCAUUUCUUUCAUCACAUUCUCAGUGGGUCAGAAGUUUACAUACACUCAAUUAGUAUUUGGUAGCAUUGCCUUUAAAACGUUUCGGGUAGCCUUCCACAAGCUUCCCACAAUAAGUUGGGUGAAUCUUUGUCCCCAUGUGCAGUUGCAAACCGUAGUCUGGCUUUUUUAUGGCGGUUUUGGAGCAAUGGCUUCUUCCUUGCUGAGCUGCCUUUCAGGUUAGGUCGAUGUUUUACUGUGGAUAUAGAUACCUUUGUACCUGUUUCCUCCAGCAUCUUCACAGGUCCUUUGCUGUUGUUCUAGGAUUGAUUUGCACUUUUCGCACCAAAUUACGUUCAUCUUUAGGAGACCGAACACAUCUUCUUCCUGAGCGGUGUGACGGCUACGUGGUCCCAUGGUGUUUAUACUUGCGUACUAUUGUUUGUACAGAUAAGUGUGGUACCUCCAGGCGUUUUGAAAUUGCUCCCAAGGAUGAACCAGAUUUAUGGAGGGCACAGUUUUUUUCCUGAGGUCUUGGCUGAUUUCUUUUGAUUUUCCCAUGAUGUCAAGCAAAGAGGCAUGGAGUUUGAAGGUAGGCCUUGAAAUACAUCCACAGGUACACCUCCAAUUGAUUUGUGUAUGUAAACUUCUGACCCACUGGAAUUGUGAUACAGUGAAGUAAUCUGUCUGUAAACAAUUGUUGGAAAAACGACUUGUCAUGCACAAAGUAGAUGUCCUAACCGACUUGCCAAAACUAUAGUUUGUUAACAAGAAAUUUGUGGAGUGGUUGAAAAACGAGUUUUAAUGACUCCAACCUAAGUGUAUGUAAACUUCCGACUUCAACUGUAUAUGUCACUCUGGUUCCUUCCCCAGGCGUUAUUGUUUCUGUGUCAUGUCUGUGCGUUCGUGUUUUCUUGUUUUAUAUUAUGUUAUGUUUAUUUAUUAAAACACUCACUUCCUGAA